AUGAUCAAUCCAGAUCUCGCAGGUGGGAUUCUUCUCGAUGGAGGCAUAUACAGCUUGACGUGGGUCUUCUUGGCUCUUUGGCAGACACAUUCGCCUAAUAUUGGGCAGCGGCCAAUCAUCAAAUUGGCUGUCGCCAAGUACGGCCCUACUGGCGUCGACGGGAUGACCACAAUUCUGCUCGAAUUUCCGAGAGAGUCGUCAUUCGGAAACGCGCACGCAGUGGCCUCGACUUCACUCGGGUUGUCGAACGAUGCGGUAGCUGCCCAGAACGACGUGUCAGUUCCAGGUAUUCGGAUUCAAGGCCAGCUUGGCGAGAUUCAGAUAUUCCCACCAACAUAUCGACCCACACAUACAAGGAUCAUCCUGAAGGACGGCACCCUUGAAGAUAAGAACUGGCUGCAAUCCGGUCCAGGCGCGGACAGUGGAUGGUACAAUGGAUAUGGUGAUGUACACUCUGAGGGUGAAGGCCAUGGCUUGUUUUGGGAGGCUGACGAUGCCGGCAGAGCGCUGCUGGAGGGCAGAAAGGAGGGCACACAAUUAGGUCUAGACGAGAGCGUUCUGAUUAUGGAAAUCAUGGAUGAGAUCCGAGCUGCUGCAGAUCUCCGAUACCCGUACACAGUGGAGACAACGGAUCUCUCCACGUAG